AUGUGCUUGUCUGCUGCUGGGCCGAUCACAUGCAAUGCCACCGCCACUUGCGAUACGGUCCUCGACCUUCACUUCAUCGAAAAUAAUCUCUCGUCUAUCGACUUCGAGAGUGUGCUCCAAGUCUCCUUCGCCACCUACAUCGCCAAGAAUCGCCCACUGUUCCGUCCCUGCCCAACGCCCGAAUGCCAGAAUCUCUACGAGCCGACCACCGCCAUCUCUACUCAAGAGACUUGCGUUCAAUGCCUACUUCAAACUUGCACUCUCUGCCAUGGACAGCAUCCGACGUCUCCCUGUCCUAUCGAAGCUGGACUGCAGACAGAAGAUCAAAUGGCCUUGAAGGCAUGGAAAGAGAAUGAAGAUGUGAAGGAUUGCCCGGCUUGCGGCUCUCCAAUCGAAAAGGACGGCGGAUGCAAUCACAUCUUCUGCCUUCACUGCAAGUCGCACAUCUGCUGGAACUGUCUGGAGAUUUUUCCCACGUCCGGGGAGUGCUACGAUCAUUUGGAUCUCGUCCAUGGUGGGAACGGCUUGGUUGCUGUGUUGGACCAGGACUUAGUCGCCGAGGAUGCCGAAGCGCGGGCUGAGUUGGAGUUGAAUCGGCUUCUAGAUGCUGCGCGUGGCAACGUCUAA